CCAGGAGCCUUCCUGAGACCACUGCUGGUGCCCGGGCCUGACGCUGAGAGAAGGGGGUGACUCAAUCACUGAAAUUCACAGGGUGAACCAUGUUGGGGCCGUUUGUGAUCCUGUUGUUUGUGAGUUCAGCAGCCGCGGCAGACUCGGCGUGCACGGGCCAGGGCGGCGAGUGUCUGGACUGGCGCACCACCGUGUGCCGUGCAGGGGUCGCCACGAGCCUCUGCAACGGGGACUCAAACCGCCGCUGCUGCCUCCAGUGCAACUCGGCCUGUGUCUCUAAUGAGCAAUCAUGGUCAGCCAAUGAUGGGCAGUGCACCGACAUGGGUGGAAAGUGUCAGGUCAACUCCAACUACUGUGGAGGCAGCUACUCCUCGGGGUUGUGUGGGGGGCCCAACAACCGGCAGUGCUGCAUCGAAUCUCAGUCAGGAGGGAGUGGAACCGGUUGCUAUGGUGACCUGAUGAACAUUGACACAACGGGAGCUUCGAUUAAGACUGCCAAACAAGACAAGCUGAGCGAGAGGGAGUUUGACACGCGAGAGGAACUGCUAUCACUGGAAGCCAUGCAUGACACUACAAGAGGAGUGGCCGCAUCCAAGAAGCUGGUGAACGCCGACCUGAACCGCCUCAAGAACUACAAGACCAUCAUCGUGGCCACCGCCAACGCCAAGUGCAUGGACCCGGCUGUCAUCGCGGCCAUCAUCUCUCGCGAGUCGCGUGCCGGCGCUCUGCUCGUUAAAGGCUUUGGCGAUAACGGCAAUGGCUUCGGACUAAUGCAGGUGGACAAGCGCUUCCACAACACAGUGGGUACGUGGGACAGCGAAGACCACUUGAAGCAGGGCACGGGCAUCCUCAUCGACAUGAUCAGUGCCAUCAAGAAGAAGUUCCCUAACUGGACCCAGGACCAGCAGAUGAAAGGAGGUAUCUCGGCAUAUAACGCUGGCACGCGGAACGUGGGGUCGUAUGCCAACAUGGACAUCGGCACGACGGGCGACGACUACGCCAACGACGUGGUCGCCAGGGCCCAGUAUCUCCGUGACAGCGGACACUUCUAGAUGGGGGGGGGAAGUCUCAGAGGCACAAACACAGAUAUGCGCAGAGACAGCCGAACAAAGACAGAUUCCUCUGUAUAGCCUUUGUAUGUAUGUUGAACUUAUUUCGCACCAUACAUAGUCAACCGUGAUAAUCGGAUGUGUGGGGGGACGAACAAUAAACUAAACACAAAAAGGGGUGCUAAAUUAUCGAGUUUAAAUCUAGAUUUAGCAGACGGGUUGGGCAAGUACUGCUAGCGAGUAGCAUUUAUGAAGUAGGCUUUCGCGACCACUUUCAUCCAUAAUAUAGGUUUUUGGGUUAGAUCGCGUACACAUAAAAAAACGUCGUACUCAGAUUGUACAUUUUAUGGCCUGGCUCUCCAACACACUGGUGUGCUGUACUCUUGACGAAUUGGCACGUUCUAUUUACGUGACAAACCUUACUAGUUUGCUGUUUCGGGUGGUGGCGGGUUUUAACGACACAUUUAUAUAUUUACGUGAUUUAACCCACAAAACCUCUUCAGCAUUUAUGAAGGCUGGAACGGCACAAUCGGGGUGGGUGGCCAGCACCAUGCUCGGUCACCUUUGUCUCCUCAGUGAAGAUGUUUACAAAUCGUAACAGUUACACAUUUGAGGCCGAGUUGAACCAGGGCAUGCUCAGGGCUCGUUUAGAUAAUCGUAACUGGUGUUUGCAGUGAUCAGGAAUCGAACAGAUAUGCAGACACAAACACAAUAACAGCCGCCAUUCGCCACUAAUGGACACAAACAUCUCCAUAACCAUUGUACCAUGCUUGGUAAAUGAUGGGCUAUUCACUGAAGUCAUUUACGAAAUUACGUAAUUAAAACAUACUUUCCAUG